AUGUUAACACAUCUUUUGAACCUAGGACGAAUUCUUGACAUUCACCAGCACCAGCCAGGAAUCCUCAGGGCCAGACCGAACGCCAAAUCACGCUCCCACACCACCAUUGAAACAAUAUUCGCCCUAUUCACCUGCUCAAUUGCCAAAACGCAAUCUAGAAACCUUGGCGAACAAACAUUCUACUUUUUUGGCAUAUCCGAGAACACAAAUUCGACGUUCAACCUGGAAGAGCUCAUAUUUCAACCAAACAUCAAAAUUCAAGAGGAUAAUCCAAGCCCACCUUUAACGCAAGACAUAGACAGCUUACUCGGUUCCACGACCAUAGAGGCUGAUAUCGGUGACCACACAGCCACCCUUGAACCCAAGCCACCCACUCUCCAGCUUAGCCAGACGACCGAGGCCGCUAAGCCACCUCCAAAGACCACAGCUCCGCCUGCAGUAGAACGAAUAAUAACACGCAAACGAGCCCGUGAACAAGCUCAAACCGAUUCCAAUGUUUGCAACACCGACGAGGUGGCUAAACCUCCUCUUGCAACCAAAACCUCACUUUCCAAACCGAUCAGAAGGAUCACUCGUCAAGUAACUCAUGAAGAAGCUGUAGCUCAAUCCCUCCCAGGUGCAGCCGCUCAGACGCUAAAAGACUCGACACAUCCAGGACAAGCACUUCGGCAGAAGAAUCACGCAAGAAUCGCUCGGGACCCCAGAACCACCUUAUCUGUUCUCUUGAAAAAAUACCAGAUCCAUGACUGGUUAAAACCCUUCAUCCUUAACCUCAAUGAAGUCGAUUCCGAUGGUCACUGUGGCUUCCGAGCCAUCGCCGUUUCCAUAGGUCGUCCACAGGAUGAUUGGCUCUACAUACGCCAAAGCCUGGUCAAGACUCUCAAGCGAUUGCCUCACAUAUUCCCCGACUCACGAUUACCCGAAGAGCGUGCUAAGCUUUUAGACCGUCUUCAGACUGAAGAACCGAAUGUACUAUCUUCCAACAAACACUGGCUGAGCAUGCCUGGUAUUGGUGGUGUCAUAGCUACUACCUUUGAUCGGCCCGUCUUAUACUACGAGCCUGGCCACUCCAGUCAAGUCGUAUUCCCCUACCUGACCCCAAUCAACGAUAAUACGCCUAUAUUUUUAGUAUGGGCCAAAUGCCACUUCGCUUCCCUCACCCUGGAUUAUAAGAACCCGAAACUUCCUGUCCCCCGAGUAUGUCAGACAUGGAAUCGGUUUCGAUCUCUCAUGGCCUCAACGUGGCUGCCAGCCUAUCAGCCUAUGAUUGAACAGCAUGCGGCCGUUCUGGCGGCCACUCAGAAUAUAAGCAAAGGCAAAAAGAAGAGAGUUUUGGCGCCAAUCUCAAUCGACGGAUCCGAUGCUUGAUCAUACUAAAUCUUAUUCUUUCAAUUUUCCAUUUAAUUAUGUCAAACAUUGAAUUGUUGUAUUUCCCCGCAAAAAAAAAAUCUUGGUAACCCAGGAGAUAAGAUUGAUGACAGUGAUGAUAAAACCAAUUUCUUUUGCUUUCUCAUGAUAUGAAGUAUGUAGAUAGACUGAUGACCGAAAAUUUCAGUUGGUACUCUCAUGAUGAUAAAUUUGGUGACUCAAGGUUCAAUGGAGAAGUCCUUAGAAAAGCCGGUGCUGAGCAAUAACCACCAUUUGAUUUAACACCUUUAGGACAAUUGUAAACAAAUAUUUGGUUGUAAUCAUUUUCAUCAAACAUUUUUAAUGUGAAGCAGUAAUUAAACAAUGGAAAAAAUUACAAUGUG